UAUUUUAAAACAAUUACAAAAGUGUAGACUAAAAAUAAUAAAUUAGUAAAAGUGUUAGACGUUAAUGUGAUUUUAAUUUACUUGUCAAAGAAGAAACUUUGUGGAGAUGAUUUGGAAAGUUUCGAAGAAUGGUGUGUCAACGAGAUGUCAUCUCCGCGAGCGGCCGCAGAUAGCUUAUGCAUCUAAUUAAAUAAAUGUGCAAAUAAAAAUGACUAUAAACUUAAGUGAGUUUAAAAAAUGAUAAUACCAAUGUGACAUUUACACCACAUAGUGCCAAAACAAUGUUUUGCUGUAAAGAACUAAAACUAUUGUACGCCACUGUUGUUCUUUUACUUGAAGCUGAGUUACUAGUGAAUACAGGUGCUAUGGAGUCAAAGAGGUCUUCCAUAUUAGUCGCACAGAAUGCAGAUGAUUUGAAAUCAUUGGAAUUGUGCACGUCCCGGAACCAGCAGCGGUUAGGGAGUGUAUUUGGAAAUUUUACUAGACAUCAUAAAAAAGGUCAUAGAAGAAGAACAACAACAACUACAACUCAAACAACUGUAAUGUACACAACAAUUGAUACUGAUGAAGAAACGACUGAACCAUACAAAUCUACAACAGAAAGUAUAUUGAACACUGAAUCAUAUCCAAGACUACCGAAACCUUUAAGAUUAUCAUCUUUGGUUUUAGAUAAAGAUUACAGUGAUGAUGUACAUAAUAUAGAUAAUAUAAUUAAAGAAGAGGUUAAUCAACUAAUAGAUAGAGAAAGAUAUCAUAUGAAAUAUGAUAGAAAAUAUGAUAAUAAAGAAACAUUCAAAGAACUUAAUGAAGAAUCAUUGUCCAAGUCUAUGAAUAAAGUUAAAAAAAUGUACAGAGACUCAACGGCUUUUGCUGUUAAUAAAGUAAAUGGUAAAGGUUCGAAAAGUGGGAUUUUUUUAACUGAAAAUUGUACUACAGUUAUAGCUCAAAUAGGAACGACAGCUAUAUUACACUGUGAAGUUAGUGAUAUCACGGAAAAUACUGUGACGUGGAUAAGGAAGAAAGAUUAUUCCUUACUCUCAGUGGGACUUGUGACAUACAGCGCCGAUAGCAGAUUCUUUUCAGCCCAUGGGAGGCAUGUCAAGGACUGGGCUCUGCACAUAAGGUUCGCAACAUCAGCGGAUGCCGGAUAUUAUGAAUGUCAAGUCCCUACACAUCCACCAACAAGUAUUUUCUUUAAACUUGUACUUGUUGCGGCGUACGCAGAAAUAGUUGGAGAAUCAGAAAAGAUAAUACACGAAGGCUCAAUGUUGAGGCUAGUGUGCAUAGUGAAGAGGUCUACGGAACCACCUUCAUAUGUUUUCUGGUACUUCGAGAACAGGAUGAUCAACUACGACUUAAAUGGAGUCAACGUCCACAAUGGACGGCAGACAAGCGAACUGGUCAUCGGGAAAGCAGAACCGAAGCAUGCUGGUAACUACACCUGCGUGCCGGCAAAUGCUAAAGCUGCUUCAGUUACCGUUCACGUUGUACAAAGUGAGACUCCGGCAGCCAUGCAACAUGGGAAUAACUCGUCCGCGACCAUCCAACAAAUACAUUCUCUAAUACAUUUGUUUACCAUAAUGGUUUCACUAGCAGUAAUUUUAACUCAGAACUACCAAGAGUUUGGAUAACGUUCCCUUUAUAGUUAACUGUUUACUGUGGAUAAUAAUCACUCAGAUACAAAAGGCAGUUUUAACUAGAGACAGGUAAGUCUAACUACGGGGUUGUAGCUAACAGUCUAAUUUAGUUUCUUUUGUUUUCUUUGAGUAAAUUAACAAGUUUGGCAUGGCUUCUAUUAAAAUACUAGUUAACUAUUCAACCGUUGUUUUGUCAUAUACAUUAUUUCUUAAUAGCCCACCCUUAA